AUAGACACAGACACUGAUUGGGUCAUGCUGAAAACAUUCCAGUCCUAUGAAGCAAGUCUGUUUGUAUUUUAGGUUUGGCAGGACUAAUGAAUUAAAAAUUUUGGACUCUUGACAGUUUGUGGCUUUAAUAAUGCCUCUGAUGGAAGGAUUUUUUGCCUCACGGAGCUUGACAACAUUGUAAUCCCUCGUUGUUGGAAAGGAAGGGACGGGACGGUGGAAUUGUGAAGGAAACCGGAAAAGGGUGGUCUGGAGGGAUUGAAAAGCCUAUGGGGUGCAGGUAGUAGCCUGUUGCCCUGACAGCUGUUCCAACUACUCAGACCUUGUCAGCUUGUGGCUAUGUAGCAGGUGCAGCCUUUUCUUUUAUUGAUUCUGUUCUCCAUAAAGGCAACGACAAGCCAAGGCAGUGGCUGGCCCUGGAUUAUACAAGUGCAGACACUACCAAGUGAGCUGGAAGAUAUAAGUAAACGCAUAGGCUCAAGUGCCCACAUGAUCACCACAGCAAGGGUACCUGCUGAUAAAGCAAUACGAAUUGCCUUCAGUCUAAAUGACUCCCAAGAUGAUACACCCCCUGAAAAUGCCUUUCCUUUGGCAUUUCCAGAUCUAGAACAGCAGCUCCAGCCUCUGCCUCCUUGUCAUGACUCAAAGGAAUCUAUGCAGGUGUACAAACAGCAUUGCCAAAUAGCAGAAGAAUACUAUGAAGUCAAAAAGGAAAUUGCACUGCUUGAAGAAAGAAAAAAGGAACUGAUACUGAGGUUAGAUCAAGUGGAGAAAGAAAGCAUGGAUGCUGCCCAACUAACAAAGGAGUAUGCAGAACUGACAGAAGAGAACCGGACAUUGAAGCUAGCCCAAACGCAAUGCGUUGAACAGCUGGAGAAGCUUAGAAUACAGUAUCAAAAGAGACUGGGAUCAUCAUAAUUUUGAAUGAGCCUGUCUGGGCCAAUAAAAAUCCAGGGUCUUUUUCUAUGUUGGGCAAGUGUAUUUUUUCUUCCACCCCUUCAAAGGUUCUCUCUAAUACUUCACUUGCAGAAUAUGCCAAUGUUUAAAUUUGGUUUAAUGCUUAGCAACUCUUAGGAUAAUAUGGAUAUUGUGUUUAUUAUAUUAUGGAUAUUUUAAUUCAGGUAAUGCAGUUAGAGAUUUGUCUGUUCCCAUUACGUGUUCAGAUGAUGAAACAGAUUUCUUAUCUAAACGUAUUCAUUAACUGUCCUGAAAAGAUUCAAGCACAUUAGAAGCUAGUAUGAAUAGUCUUGUGUUUUGAAAGUGGACCAUAUAAAAGCAUAUAGUAGGAGCAGCAUAAAUACAGGAAAUACUGCAACACGCCCCAUUCUUUUCUAAAUCUGAACUAGUUUCAAAGCAAAUUGCUCCACUUCUCUAGCAAUAUAUGCCCAGGAGAUAUCAAACCACUGAAGCACCUGAAUCACUUUUUUGAAGUAACAGUGGCUGUACAGACUUUACUUGAAAGAGUCCUAUUGUGUGCCUGCACACACCCGUGUAGAAUUGCACUAUAAAUUGGCUAUUGUGAUUGUGCAACAAUAAUAUAAGGCAGUACAGCCAAUGGUGAAGGCUUCUGGGAGUUGUAGUCCUGGGUUACCCAAGGCUGAAAACCAUCGAU